ACGGCAAAUGGCAAUUUUGGCAGGAGCACCGAGCACGACACUAGCGUAAAAAAAAAAUCAAAACUCUUCAAUCAAAAUGGACGUGUGUUUUAUGUGCAGAAUUUAAUUUAGUUGCACGUUAUUGUUAAGAUCUAUCCCAGACAAAAUGUACAAUGGGAUCGGAUUACAGACUCCAAGAGGGUCAGGCACAAACGGUUAUGUGCAAAGAAAUUGGGCAUCAGUAAGGAGAACUAAAGAUUCUGUCAAUUACCGCACAGAAGAAGAAAUUGCAAAACUAGAUUCGGCGUCUAACAAACAACCAAAUCGCGAAAUACUUGACCAUGAACGCAAAAGAAAGGUGGAAGUGAAAUGUACCGAAUUGGAGGAUCAAUUAGAAGAACAGGGGUUGCCGAAGGAAGAGAUUGCGGCGCGAGUGGCAGCCUUCAGAUCGAUGCUCUCGGAGACCAGCGUCGAAAAGGAUGUACCGAGGGAUGAAUACGGGAGAGUAGCUGUGCGCGAAACGCACGCGGUCGCAGAGGCUCAACAAGAGAAGAACGCUCGUCUGCGCGAUGCUUUCGGAAUAUCGCCUCGCUUCGUAGAGGGCACGAGCCUCGACCCGGAGCGUAGAGCGCGGGAACAAGCGCAGAAGUACCCGCUAGUGAGAACGCCCAGUGCGGAGAGGGAACGGGACACGGUGGUGGCUAAGAAGAAGAAGAAGAGGAGCACAUCACCAGAAGGGAAGAAAUCAAAAAAGAAAAAGUCAAAGAAGAAUAAAAAGGACAAGCACGAAUCUACCAAGAAAAAGAAGAAGCGCGCCAAAUCAUCGGACACGGAAUCUUCUAGCAGUUCCGAAGCCAGCGACUCAGAAAGCUCCGACGACGACAGACAAAAGAAAAAGAAAAAGAAAAAAUCAAGCAGCAAACGUCGUGACAGUAGCGGCCCAUCCAGUCGGGACAGCUCGCCCGAUAAACAAGAAAAAGAUAAAAAUUGGAAGCGCGGAGCUGAACCAGAAGAACAUGUUCCAAGAAAGAAAUACCACCAGCGUGAAGAACGUGAAGAUCGUAAUCAUAGAUAUUAUGAUGACUCAAAGAACUCUAGAGACAAUAAUAAACGACGAGACCGAAGCCGCUCAUAUGAGCGACAUUCCUCACCGGAACAAAGGGACAGAGAUGAGCGUCAAUCCCCGGAACGCAAGCAAAAAUCCUAUAUCACCAAAGUGGAUAACCGGAAAAGAAUUGACAAAGACGACUUCGAUUUGGAACGGCCAAUUGACAAGAAUUCUAAACACGAUCGCCGAAGAUCACCUUCGUCUGAAUAUGAAAGAAAUUCAAGGAAUCACGAUAAGAGAGAUAGACACAGGAAAGAAUCGAGUGAGUCGCCACCACCUGAAAAAAGACGACGAAGAAGCCCUGAAGAUUACAAAAAUAGGCGGGAAGAAACAUAUUACCCGCGUGAUAAUAGAAAAGAAGAAACUUAUUAUCAGAUAGAUACGAGGCGCGAUAAUUAUCAAAGGGAUUCAAGAAGAGAUGACUUUUACCAGAAGGAUUACAGAAGGGAUAACGACAGAAAUCGUCGUGAAAGUUCUUAUGAGAAUCGACGACCGGCAAGGAGAAGUCAAUCGCUGGAUUAUAAAAAAAGAGAUGACUAUAGGAAAAAUGAUAGAGGCGAUGAUUAUGAUAAGAAAAAAUCUGAUGAUAACGAUAAAAGGAAUUAUAAUGACGAUCACUAUGAUGACGGUCCAUCACGCAAGGAAAAAGAUAAUAAUGAACUAACACGGAAAAGGCGGAGGAGUCCUUCAAAAGAAACACGAGAACCUUCUCGUCAACGUUCACCAGUAAAUAGUAAACCUUCAAAAAAAGAAGUGCGGAAAGAGCCAGAGAGAUAUUAUAAAAAUUCGAGGCCAGAAAUAUCAGCUUCUGAUGAUUCUGACUGGGAGUCACCACCAAGACAGAGACCAAGUACAGUGACAAAACCUAUAAAGUCAUAUGAGCGAGAAAGAAGUGAGUCUCCAUCCAAAAAUAAAAAGAAGCGUAGUAUAUCCCGAGAGCAUUCAAAAAAAGAUUCCUCUCCACGAAGAGAUGUUGAAAAAAAAUCUGAAAAAUAUACAUCUAAAUCAGAAACGAAACGAAGCCGCAGUCGGUCAGUCAGAAAAUCUCCGUAUCCGGAAGAAAAUCACAAAGCUUCAAAGGGAAGUCAUAGACGAACACGUACUCGAAGCAAAUCUAAAUCUGUUUCACCAUCAAAGAAGUUGCCAAAGAAACGAAAGAAGAGCGUAUCACCAAGAAAAAACUCAGAAAGACGUAGUUCUUCUCCUAAACCAAAUCGUAAAGAUGACCGGCGAUCGGAGGAUCUCAAAUCUAAUCAUGAUAAAGGUAAAGCAGGAAAAGAAGAAUCUCUAAAAGAAAGAUCAAAGUCUCGCUCAAAUCCAAAAAGUAGAAGUUCUUCUAGUCUCAGUUACUCGCCAGCCCGACGUAGCCCAGAGAGAUAUCGCGAUAUCAUAGAAAAAUUACCAGAAAAAGAUAAGAGGAAAUACAUUAAAUCACCGUCAGAUUUACAUCCAAAGAAAAAGAAGAAUAAGGACUCCGAUAAUUUUAAGCCCAUAACGGCGUGUAUGCUGAGUUCUUCUAGUGAAAAUGAAGAGUCUGAAAUAGAUUUCCUGCGAAUGGACGAUUGCGCUCGCCAAGAGGAUUUGAAUAUGAAGGAAUUGGAUAGACUUAAGGAAAGACUGGCAAAAUUGACGAAAGCGUCGAUAGAACGCAACAGAUACGAGGAAGCGAGUGGGCCGUCUACAUCGCACGGUCGCAAUGAGCAGAACCUAGACGCGUGGGAAAUCGCCCAGAAAUCUCCAGAGGAUAAGAAGGACGAGCCAAAGGCUCAAACGAAUCCGAAAAAGAAUGACGAUCUUAGAAAAGAAAGUCCUGUGAAAGUGGACAGUUCACCGGAAACGAAGGAAAGGAAAAGGAGCAGAUCGCGCCGCAGUUGGUCACGGUCAUCACGGUCGCGAUCCAGAUCUCGCUCACAGUCCCGUUCGCGGUCACAGUCAAAGUCACAGUCGCGGGUAAAGUCGUCGCGGUCACGUACGCCCUCACGGUCUAGGUCACGGUCACGCUCUCGCUCGUCGCGCUCUAGAAGCCGAUCACGAUCCUAUUCAUCAAGAUCUCGUUCAAGCCGGUCAAGCUCGUACAGCAGCAGAAGCUCGUCCCGAUCGUCUCGCAGCUCGUCGCGGUCCACGCGCUCGUCAAGAACAAUGACGGGCGUGUACGCGGAUUACCGCAGAUCGAGCGGGUCGCACCGAUCGCGGUCGCGGUCAAAGUCACGGUCACGGUCAAAGUCGCGGUCACGGUCACCGUCGAUACCGCGCAGGGCGGGCUCGCCCAGUUUCCUCGAUAGGAGACGUAUCACGAGCGCACGUAAACGCCCGAUUCCAUACCGGAGGCCGACCCCCUCUUCUCCUUCAAGCGCGAGUUACUACAGCAGUCGGUCUUCAGACAGGAGCUGGUCGCGAUCCCCGCGCCAAGAACGCGAAUAAAAAUAGAACAAUUGAUAUUAUUUUGUCUGUGGUUACCUUUGUCUAUGGUCAACUAGACCAAAGUCUAUUAAUCUAUUAUUUAUAACUUUAAUGUGCUGGGUGUAAAAAAUUGUUUAUCUGUCAUAGAAAAUCGGUAACAUAGCUUUUUUUGUUUCAAUUUACCAUAUUUAAUUUUGUCAAUUUAUUUUUAUUUUUACACCCAUCGCAAUUUUCGUAAUACUUACUAGUCAUAAUUGUGUACCAAAGUCUAGUCAAAUAUUAUGUAAUGUAAAGUUUUUUUUACAAUCUACUUAAUUUAUUCAUUUUAUUUUUUAUUUUCAUGUUAUUAAUUUAUUUUGAAUUGUUGAUAAUUUUAUUCCCUUUAGAUAUAGGAAAGGCACCAGAAUACUCAAAACAAUAAUAAGCUAAGUUUUAUUAGAUUAAUGUGCAAUAUAUUUAUUGAAUGUAUUUUAAUUCUCACUAGUCAUAUACAUUUGUCAUGGAAGUAAACCAUGCAACAUUUACUUGGUAUUUAUAAUGUACGAAAGAAAUUCAACACUAUUUAUAGAUGUUAAUAGCAAUGAUAUUUUAAUUUAAUUGUAUUGUACCAAAAAAAAGGUUGAAAAAUCGAAGUCAGGAAUUAUUUAGAUCAGUACGAUCUCUAUUUUUUUCUAGUAAAAUAGUGACAUCAAAAUUAUGUCAAAAAAUUUAAUUUAAGCGACAAAUACAAACUCUUUUAUUGAGUAAACAUACAGUACAAAAUAAUGCAGAAUUCUACACCAGUGUCUGUGUGUAUACAUAAUAUGUAUUAACUGUGUCCUGUAAAAUCCUUUGCUGUUUAUCUCACCCCUAGCGAAGUAAGCAUUUAAAUGUAAUAAGCAAUAACAAGAGACUAGAAUAAUACACAUGAAUCAGAUUAAAAGUUUUAUUAAAAACAUACGAAUAUAAAACUUGCAGAUUCUUAAACAGUUUUGACUUUGUCAAUGCUUAAAAGCCAUAAUAAACUUGAUAUUAACAACAUUCAA